GCUUUGGAUGUCUCAUGAUCCAUAAUGACUUAGUCUUCCGACUUGCCUGGUAAAGCAAUACUGCGGACGAUUGUGCGAAGACCCGUUUUCCCUCGCGCUUGCAACAGUCUGCUUUAGUCUUCCACAGUCCUCUUUAGCCUUCCACAGGUCUCUUUAUAAAUCACCACGACGACCCGUUGGCUCGCCAAGCAUUCCCUUCCGAUACCACCAACUCACAGGGCGUUUCCAAUUCACAAUCAAGCUCUAACCACUACCAGUAACACCACUUCAAUCCGAAUAACCUCCAAUGGACAAUACGUCCGAUACAACGAGCCAGCCCGACAAGUCCAUAUUUCAACAUGUAUUUUUCAUCAUAGCCAUCGCUAUCAUCGCGCUGGUCGUUGCGUGGAGAGCGUACUUGCUCAAGAGAAGCGGUCGCCCACCGGGCGACUUCUUCAAUUUCUCGUCGUCAUUUGCCAACCGGCGUCUACCCCGCACUCAGUCUGACGUAUACAACCAGCCUCCCGACCAGUUCUCUCCCCCAUUCGCAUACCCAUCUUUGUCUCCCCUUCCUGUGCCCCAUCGAACUCGUAGAGUUCGUGCAGCAGACAUUGAUGCAGGUGGACGCAGAUUGAGCCCAGAGGAUGGUGAAUGGGAUCAUAAAGAUGAGCUGCCCGCAUAUGAUAGUAUAGGAGGUCCACCAAAGUAUGUUGAAGCUGAACUACAAGCCUCACAGGCGCGGGCGCGGGCCGAGCGUAACCCAUUCUUAAGUCGACCACAGUCUACUUCUGACCAGCCAGCUUUGAGCCUGAACGAUGUGCCAACUGGUGCUAUCCCCGUGGAACAGCACCAAAAAAUCCUUGGAGCAGUAGUGUUGUCAGAGGCUCGUCGCCAACCCAUCAGGGUGACCGUCCUCUCGUUGAUGCCUGAGUCUGCAUCAUCGAGAUCAUUCAUGUGUAUUGUAUUACUUUGUAGCUUUACUGUUUACUGCUUUGCCUAUACUGGCUACAUCUGCUGAAUUGAUGAUCAUGCUCUCGAUAGUACGUGACGUAAACACGAUACUUUGUCUCAUGUCCUAGUUAGCUUACCAUACAGUAUUUGGAUGAAUACAUUAUAUUGUAUCGUGGUUAUCAUGCCGAGGUCAAUGAAUGGU